UACGGCGGCACGUUGAAACUACCAGCUUCUGGAAGCGGGCCAUAUGGAGCUGGACAUGGACCAACGAUGAAAUUUCCUGCCUCCGGUAACCAUGGUAACGGAUAUGGACCAAGCUACGGCAGCACGUUGAAACUACCGGCCUCAGGAAGCCGGCCAUAUGGUGCUGGAUACGGACAAACGAUGAAACUUCCGGCAUCCGGGAGCUCUGGUUACGGAUACAGACCUAUCUACGGUAGCACGUUGAAGCUACCAGCCUCAGGAAGCGGGCCACAUGUAGCUGGGUACGGACCAACGGUAAAAUAUCCGGCUACCGGGAGCACUGGUUACGGAUACGGACCUAGCUACGGCAGCACGUUGAAGUUACCGGCUUCAGGAAGCGGCCCAUAUGGAGCUGGAUACGGACAAACGAUGAAACUUCCAGCAUCUGGGAGCACUGGCUACGGAUAUGGACCUAGCUACGGCAGCACGUUGAAACUGCCGGCCUCAGGAAGCAUGCCAUAUGGAACUAGAUACGGUUCAACUAUGAAACUUCCAGCAAGUCACAACCCCAGUUAUGGCCAAACACUGAAGCUCCCAGCCUCUGGAGGUGGAAAUUACGGUAUCGGUCACAGUCAGCCAUGGCAGUUUCCAGCGUCUGGUAGUGGUGUAAAAGGUUACGCGCAAACGCUGAAGCUCCCAGCCACUGGCGGCGGCAGUUAUGGUAUCGGUCAUAGACAAACAUUGCAGUUUCCGGCUUCUGGUAGCGGAGUAAAAGGUGUUAGUUACCAACAAACACUGAAGCUACCAGCGUCUGGAAUCAUUGGUCAUGGAAGUGUGCAUGGCAAUACACUCAAGAUCCCAGCAUCCGGAAGUGGUGGCUAUGGAAUAACCCAUGGGCAAACCUUGACGCUUCCAGCCUCGGGUUCUUCACUAUACAAUUCCGGCUACGGUCAGACGAUGAAGCUACCAGCCUUUGGGGCUACUGGUCAUGGAAGUGGCUAUGAUUAUCGACAAACGUUGAAGCUGCCGGCAACUGGAACGGCGCAGAACUCCGCCGGAUAUGGACAGGCACUGGUGAUCCCAACUUCUGGCGGUGCAUUUAAUGGAAUCGUUUCCCAACAAACCGUGAAACUUCCCGCUUCAGGAGGUUUUCCUUUACAUGGAGGAAGUUACGGACAAACACUUAAGUUACCAGCUUCCGGAGCUGUCGGUCAUGCGAACAGCUACGGCCAGACGCUGCAGCUGCCGUCUUUAAGUGGUGCAGCGUACACUCCCACUUUCGGACAGACAAUGAAGCUUCCUGCGUCUGCAAGUGCGAGUAACGGGUUCGGUUACGGACAGACGUUAGAGGUACCGACAAUGUCCGGUGUGCUUGAACAGCACGCGCAAAGUUUAACUAUCCCGCUGCCGGCUGGCAUGUCAACUACAUAUAAGAAGGAGGUGCCACUGAACUAUUAGUGCUGCUGUCUCGGAGGAUCUAGCGUUAUUGAAAGAGCGAGAUAAUUCGGUAAAAUGCCUUAUCCAGCCAUUAAGUAACGCCACAUUAGCUGGUGUGGGAGAAGUGAGCAAUAACGGCGCGCUCCUACAUCGACAGGCAAUCCCAAGUUUGCCAGAGGACCCGUAACAAUAUCCGGAUGUGAAUUAGCGCGCCUUCUAACCGCACACAGCAAAACGCAUGCGUGCAAAGUUAAUGUUAUAAAUUACCAUACCGUAUACAUCAGCAUAAUGUCCUUCUUACUAUGCAGGUUAUUGUGUAUAAAUGAAAUUCUUUGUCCUGAGCUCUUGAUCAGCGUGUAAAUUAUACGUGUAAUCGAAAACCUCAUGCCUUUGUCCGAUUUCUGCGGGAUCGAACGCA